AUGAGUGACGUGGUGCUCACAAAGCGCGCCCAGGACCAGUUCUCAGCGAGUGGGUACACAGUGACCACGUCACGCCACCCAUAUAUCACAGACCCCAUCGCCUCCAAGCGUAUCUGCUUCUACAAGAGCGGUGACCCUCAGUUCAGUGGCCUGCGCAUGGUCAUCAACAACCGCACCUUCAAGACUUUCGAUGCCCUCCUAGACAGCCUCUCCAAGAAGGUCCCGCUGCCAUUCGGAGUAAGGAACAUCACCACUCCCCGAGGAGUCCAUGCAGUGCACACACUAGAUGAACUGGAGGAUGGGAAGGCCUACAUCUGCUCUGACCAGCAGAAGGUCAAACCCAUUAACAUGGCAGUAGCCAAUAAGAAGCUACCACCCUGGUACAAUGCCCGCCCCAUGAGCGCCCGGCGUCGGGCCUUGCAGCUGGCCAAACAGAACCCUGGCAGGCCCAUGCACAUAAAUACCCCUGUCAUUGUACGCACACCUAAGAGGUUGAUGGUAUUCCAGAAUGGGGACCCCAGUGUCAAACAUAAUCUGAUGCUACAGAAGAGAACCACUCGCACAUUUGAGGCUCUGCUGGAUUACUUGUCCGAGUUGAUGAACUUUCCUGUGGUAAAACUACACACACCAGAUGGAAGAAGGGUGGAUGGGCUCCCAGCUCUGAUUAUAUGCUCUGGGAUUGUAGUAGCUGCUGGUCGCGAGGCCUUUAAAUCUGGGAACUACAAGACACAAAAAUCUUCUGCUUCAACAUGGCUGCCUGCUAGACGAAUGGCAUCUAAAAGACUAAAGCAACCAGCAUCCCGGAAAAAGAAACCUAUAUCUAGCGGCAAAUCAAAACUUUUCUCCCCAUCGUCAGAGAGAUACUUUGUGAAUCAGAUAAACCACUGCAUUGCAGGAAGUGAGGGUGACCUUCCCAGUAACAACGCAGAAUCUGUAGAACUGGAGGCUGGCCAUUUUCUAGAGUCAGUGGCCGAAACAGAUGCCGACUCCUACCAUGGAGAUAGGGGUGAAGGGGCAGACAACUGCAUCCCCAGUGACGAUGACAUUGAGAAGUCCUUUCGGGUGAACCAGGAUGGCAGCAUGACAGUGGAGAUGAAGGUGCGACUAACCAUCCGGGAGGAAGAAACCAUCCACUGGACCACCACCCUGAGCAGGUCCAGUGUGGCCAACCACCUCAGUGCGGCUGAGUCUGAGCUGGAGAACAGUUCUCCUGAGUCCAACAUCCUACCACCAACACAACCCAACACCAUGGGCACCAUCAAUGGGUACAAUGUUAAAAAGGAUGAUCAUGAUGAUAAGGAUGAUAUGCCUCCAGAGACCAGCAGACUUACCAGUGUGGAAGUAGACAAUGAGGAUGAUACUAAAACACAUGUGGGUGUGGUCUCUCCCAGGAGGGCUCCUACCCCAGGACCCAGGAGAUACAGACAGAAGCAGGCCUCAGUGGAGAGCCUCAAAACAAUGUUGGGAGAUGAGAUUCAGGAGAACAUGGUAGGUUCUAACUCCUACAGAGAGACAACUGAGAACAGAGAGGUAGAGCAAUACCGCAUGGUCAGACAGUGCAGCAGCAAGCCAGUUCCUAAACCAAGGGGAGUUGGAUCUGUGGAUAUCAACAAUUACAAUAAGACUCAAUCGACUUUUAAAUCAGGCAUGGCUGAGAUCUUGCAGAUCCAAAAUGGCGGGGAGGAAGUCAUAGAAAGUGUAAUGCACAUAUACGAGCAGCAGACUUGUCAGGACAAUUUCCUGGCUAACAGCCAGUAUAAUGUCCAGGGUGUGUCCAUAUAUGGGAUGAUGUACGGAAGAACAGCCACCUCUGACACAGCCCACUUGUCCUCCAGUAAUGACUUGGAGCUGGAGCUGGGUAGACCCUCUACAGCCUCAAAGUCAAUCAGCUUGUGGAGGGCUGACCAGUCUCUUUCAUCUGAGUUCACCAUCCCCAAAUUUAAGGCUGGAGGAUCUCUCCUACGCAACAGGGUACUAAAUAUCCAUAAAACCCCUCUCUCCAUGCCCACCAAAGACAAUGACACCCCAGAGUGGGUCUCUGAAGCAAGCAAAGAAAACUCCACCACUGAUGUAAAGAAAGUCAAGAAAAUGUUCUCAAAGCCCAAAGUCAAAAAGAACCAGGUUUGUAAGGUUACAACACCAGACAAAAGACGUAAAAGAGAGUAA